AUGAAGAUCUGGACUUCUCUGCUGCUUCUUGGUGCCUUCAUGGCUCUGAGUCAGGCUGCAGCAGAGGAUGGUGUGGUGAUGAGUUCUGGAUCUUGUCCUUCUCACUGGUCCAAGUUCAAAGGCCGCUGCUUCCGCUACUUUCCAACAGCUACAAGUUGGGCCAGAGCCGAGAGAAACUGCUUGUCCAUGAAAGCUCACCUAGCAUCAGUCCAUAACUUUGAGGAGCACAAGGAGAUCAUGAGGCUCAUAAAUGCUGCUGGUCGGUCUUCUGACGUGUGGAUAGGAGGAUCUGAUGCUGAAGAGGAAGGCUUUUGGUUGUGGAGUGAUGGAAGCUAUUUCCAGUACACACACUGGUGUAGUGGUGAACCCAACAAUUACAAGAAGAACCAGCACUGCUUGCAAACACACUUUGGAGGAUCCAAGUGCUGGGAUGACGUUCAUUGUACCGAGCUUCGGCCUUUUGUUUGUGCCAUAAACCUCUGA